AUGGAUAUGGGGCAGGUGGCAGACACGAAUGGGUUGAGGACAGUGGCCGCCGACAAGCUGGACGAAUGGAUCAUGAAGUUCCUGCAGCCCAGCACAGCUUUCUGCAGGCAGGUGAAGCAGACGGUGAAGCAGAUCUGUGACUUCCUAAAGGAGGACUGCUUCGAGACCAACAUCCAUGUCCACAAGACCGUCAAGGGUGGCUCCGCGGGCAAGGGCACAGCCCUGAAGAACAACUCCGAUGCCGACAUAGUGCUCUUCCUCUGCUACCUCUCCAGCUACCAGAAGCAGAAGCAGGAGACAGGGUAUAUUCUGGAUUUGAUUGAGAAGAGGCUGCACGCCUGCAAGGAGAGCCUGACGUUCACCGUGGACAUCAGCAAGCCCCGGUACAAGGGUCCCAACAAUGCACCGCGCUCCCUCAGCCUCACCCUCUGCUCCAAGGAGACUUCAGAGUCCAUCGAGGUGGACAUCCUGCCUGCCUACGAUGCCUUGGGGCAGGUGAGCCGGGAUGCCCGGCCAGACAGGGGGGUAUAUGUGGAGCUUCUGAGUGCCAGCAGUGGCCCUGGGGAGUUCUCCCCCUGCUUCACCGAGCUGCAGAAGAAGUUUGUGAAGCGUUGCCCUCCCAAGCUGAAGAACCUCCUGCGCCUGGUCAAGUACUGGUACAAGGAGCUGCUGAAGCCACAGUACGACACUGCGGAUCUGCCCCCCAAGUAUGCCCUGGAGCUGCUGACCAUCUACGCCUGGGAGCAGGGCACAGGCUCCCUCGAGUCCUUCAACACGGCCAAGGGCUUCCGUACAGUGCUGGAGCUGCUGUGCCGGCACCGGGAGAUCUGCAUCUACUGGGAGACGUACUACUCGCUGCAGGACAGCCAGAUUGGUGCCUACAUCAAGGAGCUGCUGUUGCGCAGUCAAUGCCCCAUCAUCCUGGACCCUGCUGAUCCCACGGGGAUCCUGGGCCAAGGCAAGAAUUGGGACCUGGUGGCACAGGCAGCUGCCUGCUAUCGUGCGCUCCCCUGCAUGAACGCUGUCGAGCCCUGGGAUGUGCAGCCAUCCCGGCCCGUGACGAUUGAGGUGAGGCAGCUGGUGGGCACCAGCCUGAGCAUGACUGUCAGCCCAGGCACCACCAUCAGACAGCUGAAGGAGAAGAUUGAGCAGGCGUGGGGCAUUUCCCUGUACAGGCAGCGCCUGGCGCAGCAGGGGUCAGGCAAGAAACCCCUUGUCCUGCAGGAUCGCGAGACCCUGGCCACCCAUGGCAUAUUCUACAGCACCACACUGAUGCUGCUGCAGACUGAGCUCCAGGAGAUGGAGGUCAUCGUGAAGGAUGACAAGAACCGGCCCACUACCUACACAGUGCGGCCCACUGACACCGUCCAGCAGCUGAAGGAGCAGAUCCACAGGCAGCAGGGCCCCCGUGCUGAACAGCAGCGCCUGAUUUAUGGCUCCCAACAGCUGGAGGACCGGCACACGCUGGCACACUACAACAUCCAGCCCUUGAGCACAAUCUACAUGGUCCUGCAGCUCCGGGGGGGCACAGGCCCUCAGCACCUCCAGUGCCCUGCCUGCUUGCCCUCCUGA